AUGGAAAACAACAUAACUACUAUAUCUCGUGAAGAGCUUGAAGACCUAAGAGAAGCAUUUGGCAAAAUAGACAUUGACAACAGUGGCUAUGUCAGUGAUUAUGAGCUUCAGGACCUGUUUAAAGAAGCAAGUCUACCCUUGCCUGGUUACAAAGUCCGGGAGAUUGUAGAAAAAAUCAUUGUAGUGACAGAUAGCAACAAGGAUGGGAGAAUCACCUUUGAAGAAUUUGUUUCUAUAAUUCAGGAAUUGAAAAGUAAAGAUGUCAGCAAAUCUUUCAGAAAAUCAAUAAACAAAAAGCAGGGCAUUACAGCAAUUGGAGGAACAUCAGCAAUAUCAAGUGAAGGAACACAGCACUCUUAUUCAGAGGAAGAAAAAGUUGCUUUUGUUAAUUGGAUAAACAAAGCUCUACAAGAUGACCCAGACUGUAAGCACCUCCUACCCAUGAACCCAUCUGAUGCCAGUCUGUUCAAAUCCCUCGCGGAUGGAAUCCUUCUUUGCAAAAUGAUCAACUUUUCACAACCAGAUACAAUUGAUGAAAGGGCUAUUAAUAAGAAAAAACUCACUCCUUUCACUGUUUCUGAAAACCUAAACCUGGCACUGAACUCAGCAUCUGCCAUUGGCUGUACGGUUGUCAAUAUUGGAUCACAAGAUUUGCAAGAAGGAAAACCACACUUGGUGUUAGGACUCUUGUGGCAGAUCAUUAAAGUUGGUCUUUUUGCUGAUAUUGAGCUCUCCAGAAAUGAAGCUCUUAUUGCCUUGCUAAGUGAUGGGGAAGAACUAGAUGAGUUAAUGAAGCUUUCCCCAGAAGACCUCUUGCUGCGCUGGGUGAACUACCAUCUGGCUAAUGCAGGGUGGCAGAAAAUUGGUAACUUCAGCCAAGACAUUAAGGAUUCAAGAGCUUACUAUCAUCUGUUAAAUCAGAUUGCACCCAAGGGAGAUGACCUUCAUCAACUGCCCAUGAAAAUUGACUUUUCAGGAAUUCAUGAUAAAAAUGACUUGAGGAGGGCUGAAUACAUGCUCCAACAGGCAGAUAAAUUGGGCUGCAGACAGUUUGUAACUCCAGCUGAUGUGGUUGCAGGCAACCCUAAACUCAAUUUGGCUUUUGUUGCAAAUCUCUUUAACACAUAUCCAGCCCUGCACAAGCCUGACAGUUCAUCUUAUGAUCUCAAUUUAUUAGAAGGAGAAAGUAAGGAAGAAAGGACUUUCAGAAACUGGAUGAAUUCACUGGGUGUAAGCCCAUAUGUUAAUCAUUUAUACAGUGACCUCUCUGAUGCUUUAAUCAUCUUCCAAUUGUACAAUAUGAUUCGUGUGCCGGUUGACUGGAACCAUGUCAACAAACCUCCUUAUUCAUUACUGGGUGGGAACAUGAAAAAGAUUGAGAAUUGCAAUUAUGCAGUAGAACUUGGGAAGACAAAAGCCAAAUUCUCACUGGUUGGUAUUGCUGGACAGGAUCUAAAUGAGGGUAACCCAACUCUGACCUUGGCUUUGGUGUGGCAGCUGAUGAGAAGGUAUACUCUGAAUGUGCUGUCAGACAUUGGAGAGGGGGAAAAAGUGAAUGAUGAAAUUAUUAUUAAGUGGGUGAAUCAGACACUUAUAAGAGCAUAUAAGAAAACUUCGAUUACAAGUUUCAAGGACAGAUCAAUUAGUACUAGUUUACCUGUCCUAGAUUUAAUAGAUGCCAUUGCACCAAAAGCAGUUCGUCCAGAAAUGGUCAAGAGAGAAGACCUUUCUUACCAAGACAAAUUGAAUAAUGCCAAGUAUGCCAUUUCAGUUGCUCGAAAAAUCGGUGCUCGUAUUUAUGCUCUCCCAGAUGAUCUGGUGGAAGUGAAGCCAAAAAUGGUGAUGACAGUGUUUGCAUGUUUGAUGGGAAGAGGACUGAACAAAAUAAAAUAA